UGCAAACUAAAUGUUCUUACUUUUGGUUGAUGUAUGUGGCAAUUCUCUUUUCUAAAUUUCCCUCUUCGCAUCGCUUGCUACCUCUUUUUCGCGCCUCUUUUCACAAAUCAAAUCAAAAACAUCAUCAGCAAACUCGCAAUUAAUCGAACAUCUUACACAUAUGAAGUAACUGUUGGUGACCGAAAGAGUAAACAGUUGAUCGGUGCAUAACAAAGAAGAACAAUAACAUGGUUUGGAAUUACCCAGAAAUUUCUUUAGAAGAGCUGAUGAAUUUGGUAAAAGGGUUUGUAGAUAUAAUGAUUUUAGCAUCUGGGUAUCAAUCCUCCGGCCGUCUCGCUCACUGGGAUCCUCACAAUAUCAAGAAACUCUUCCAAUGGGCUUCCUUCUUUGAACAUGUGCUUGGGCAAAUGAGAAGCUCAGAUAUUUAUCAGGAUUCUAUCAAGGAACUUGAUGCCGCUAUUCAUGAAAUGGCGUCGAGUCCUUCUUUUCCUCAGGGUUUUGCAGAUUUAUCAAUUCAUACUCUCGAAAGGGCGAGAAAUUUCGUUGUAGGUCAUCUGUUUCAUACUUUGCCAUUGAGGGAUUCACAUCUCAGGGCUUUUCUAAUUGCAAUAGUUGAGAUGGAUCUUGAACAUAUUUCAAGUUCGGAGCAUGAUUGCAUAAAGGUAUACCUCGAUAAGCUGGCAAUGAACAAUAGCGAAUUUAACUCGCUUGUAGAAAGGAAGGGUCUUGUCAAGAAUUCAGCUGUUGAAUUGGAGGAUAUCGAAGCUAGGCAGACUGCAACAUGCACUGACAAUGACUUGACUAAGUUAACUAUUCAAGAGAUGGUUAGGAGGCGGUCUGCUGCAUCGUGUAUAAGAACAGUUGGGACAGGCUUAGAUAUCCUGUCAAGUGCUGUCAGAAGCAGCAGUUGUGCUGAUUUGGAUAAUAACUUAUCUAAAGAAGAACUAAAGAAUGAAAGAGGUCAAGCAUCAGUGGGGGGAAAAGAUCAACUGGCAGAUUUUAUUACAUGGAAUAAUUGGAAAUCAGUGAACCUUUCAUAUUUUAUUCACAAGAGAACUGUUAAGUUGGUCUCAGGUGCUAGUUUGAUAUUCUCUGGCCCUAAACUUUCCUGGGUGCAAGUUUUUGAACAGCUGAAUGCUUCAGAAAAGUGCAAGGAGGUGGAUGAUUUGUGUGAAACAACAGAACUAAUGCUGCUUGGAUGCAUUGCAAGUAAAUGGAAUCGCAUAAUCGAAUAUUUCAUGUCAGUUUCUUAUCACUCCUUCUCAAUCUCAAAACUGUAUCAGGAAGUCUGCAACUUGCUUUCAGGAAGAUCUGAAAGUUUUCAUUUGAAAGAAGAAUCACUGGAUUCAAAGGAAAAAGGAAUUCUUGAUUACUUGGCUGGUUUUCUGGACGGGCAGCUUCAUAAAUUGUGGAAACUCUCCCCGGUCCUUGUAGCUGUUGCAAUUCCAUUAUGGUCGCCUCUAUUUGUAAUGUAUUUAAAUGAAAUAGAGACUCAAUUGAAGGGAGAUUCUUCAGAGUUGAGGUUUGUAUAUAUGCUGCAGUUGUAUCCAAGAAAGGAAGAAGCACGAGGACUCAAAUGCAUCCAAUAUACAAGUCAUGUCUUGACUCAUAAAAUACGCUGAGGUACGACUGAAUCGGCAUGCUAAAUAGGUGGAAAAACUGGGAGGAUUCAAACUAAAUGGAGGCUUGAAACUGUCUAGUUUCUAAGACGAGUAUCUCAGUCAAUAAGCUGGAAUUUGUCCAUGCUGUCCUGCCACGUUAGCAUGCCAACUUAGCGACAGCUCAGCAGACAAUAAUCAUGAUUCUAUCAUUGGUAUGCUUGUAACUGAUUAUACAGUAAGUGAAAAGAGAUGCAAGUCAUUGUAUGAUCUGACAUUUUAAGCAGAAUUUAGCAUUUUGAGUA